AAAGUUUCAAGAUGUACAAGUUUAUCUAUGUGGUUCUUUCUGUGUUCCUGUUGCAUUUGAUUUAUCAGACAUGGAGCGAUUGCAAUGUGUGCCAAGCGUCGAAUGGCGCUGCUUGCAUCAAUCAAACGUCAUAUCAUUUGUGCUUCGGAUCCGAUCAACCGUAUACAAAUCAGACAUUCACGUGCACCGAUGGUUUAGUGUGCACAGAUCAGCCCGUGAUUUGCUUUCAACGUAGCGAGACACCAUCCAGUUGUGGGGACACGGAUAGCUGUGGCCAGUGCGCUCCAAACUAUGUGUUUGCAUGUACCUCACGGACAACAUUUGCGUUUUGCUUUGGAGCCACCACGCCAACCAAUGUCACCGGCAGUUGCCUGGAUAAUUAUUUCUGUGAUUCAUCCUCUCAAGAUAUAUGCGUUAACAAGACCACAGAUGAUUCUAUAAUAUGCCAUUUGGAUUGA